UUCCCCUAAAAAUCUCCAGCCGUCUGUCUUGCUGCUCGUUCCUGCAGCUCAGACGUCGCCUCCCUUCUACCCCUUGCUCCUCAGCCAGGCUUGUUAGCCGAGCCCCUCCAACUAGCGUGCUAGACCUUUGACGCCGUUUCCCCGUCGUCCAAGCUCCACCAUGCCCACACGUCCGUCCUGCUCCUCCAUGCACACGCCCAUGCAUCCUUAUCUCCCUGGAAACUUCACUCGUGUACGGCUCCCUGGUGAUAAUAUUCAGCGAUGCUUCGCCAGGGCACCGUUCCCCUGCGCGCUCGCUGGACGCCGUCGCACAUGCUCCCUGCUCGGCCUCCCCGGCGUGCUGCUCCCUCGCCUUGGUGCCCCUGCGAGCUCCUUCUCUCUGGCCCGGUUUCCAGCUCGGGCCUCGCUAGAUGCCGAUGCCGCUUUUCUGACCUCGUCUCGAUACUCAAUCGCUGCAGCACGCCAUGCCGUGUGUGCUGCACUGUCAUCAUUCGCUAUCCUCAUUUUUGCUAAUUUUUCUCGUCGUUUCUCGUCUACAACCUUGUCAGCUCCUGCGUGUCGUGCGCGUCUUGUGUUCGGGUCGAGCCCCAGGAUUUUGAGGAAAAGGAAGCUCCAGUGCAUUGGCCGGUGAAAUGAAUAAAAUGGAUUUUGAAGAAAAGGAAGCUCCAAUGCAUCAGCCGGUGAAAUGAAUAAAAUGGUGGUAAUUAUGGUCCUUGUGAAAUCUGAGAUCAACUUAGUCGCGUGACACACCAAGAUAACACGUGUUAUGUGCUCUCCAUCAACAAGUGAAGCUCACCGAAGAAGGAUCAUUAACUCUACCGGUGUCUACUGCUCAGAACAGGGUCUCGCUGCCGCAGAACGUUGUCGCAGACCGCUUCACCGUCGACCCUUUGAACUGCGUCAUCCCCGGUUAAUCUCGCGCGCGUACCGACAGCUUCGAAGAACACCUAGAUGAGGUGGUACUUGAAGAAGUCUACUCCAGUGCCUGCUCAUCAAGUGGAUGGAGCUAUCUAACUAAAGGUUAGGUAUAAGGAUCUAGAAUCUCUUCUCUGCAACAAAGGCAAGCCCCGGUGCAUUUACCCCUUCCUUGUAUUUUUAAAAAGACUUUUAUAUACUUUAAGUCUAGUGAAAUGUGCAUUAAGUUUAUAGGAAUUGAUUGGAAACUAUUGGAUGCAUUGACUACCUUGAUAUCCAUUCCUGUUAUAUAUACUUCUUUCGAAGUAUCAAAUAUUGUUUACAAAAAUGCUUAGCCCUGCUUAGAUCUGGUGGAUAGAGGUUGUCUUUUGCAAUAAUGCCUAGCUCAGGGGUUAUCCUGAGGACGGAUGGCUUCUACCAGCAAGAAUAUUUUCAUUGGGAGCAUGGUGGGAUCUUACUACAAAGUUCCCUAUAAUGCUCUUUUCAUCCUAAGGAACACAAAACAAUCCUAAGGAUGGAAGUACUUAAAUCGAGACUUGGGCUAGGAACAGGUGAUGCUCCUCCCAGGUUAAUUAAGGAUUGGAUGCGUAUGUAGGCCUGUAUGAUCAAGGACUAUCUUAACUGGCCACAUGCCCUGGAUAUGGGACAGGGUAAGCUUGAACCCCUCUAUUCCAUACAUGAAAAGACAAUCGCGCACUGGGAGUGGAGAGAUGGCGAGAGUGACACAUACGCUCCUGGCAAAGGACCGCCUAAAAGGGGUGGUGUGCUCUCGGGUGGCGCGCACCUGUUCAUGCAGUGGAGGAUCCGUGGGAAUUGUAGACAUAUGCAAGAGUUACGAGAAACAUAUGUCGUGUGGUUAGAGAUCCUCAGCUGAGUAAAUCGAUUCGGAUCGUCGUUAUAUCCCCGGAAAGUGGAGACUUGAUCUCUGUCCUUCAACCUAAGUCAGGAUGUAAACAUUAUGAAUAAAAAUGAUGUUGUAUUGAUGAGAUGCUGAAAUAAGACUAGAUGUAACCAGAGUCUAUUAAUAUUUAAUCUGGCGUUAAAAUAUUGAAAGUAAGGACUCACUUUAGUAAGCUAUUUCUGCAAACGUAUCUAAGUUGAUUCUUGCUAAAGCCUUUUCCUUGAUUCCUAUUUAACCAGCAUAUCCUUAAGAGUCAUUUUUCCUUAGUCGGGUAAGACUUGCGAAAGUGCACGCCGUACUUAGGGUUUUCGAACCCAUGUUGUUGUAGGUGAUGAGGAGUACUCUAAGUGUUCCUGUGGCUGGAGGGCGUUUCCAGUUCUGGAGGAAGACUAGUUAGGCUAGUGUAUAAGCUUUGGAGGGUUCCUACCGUCCUGCUUUUGUAAUAAGUUAUGCAUUUUGAGUAUAUCAGGACUUGUAAUAAAUGUAACUCUUACUAUGUGUCAAACGAUUUUUGUUUGAUUUCAAACUUUACCAGAGUAUGUUCAAGGUAAUUUGGCACCACUUUCAUAUUUGGGUUUUGUAGAUUUGAGUUUUGGAAAACAGAGAACACGGCUGAACUUCAUAAAGGGGUAAAAAUUCAGUUCUGAA